AUGUCCUCAGAAGCCGACGAGGAGGGCCUGGACCUGUUCCAAGAGCCUACCGAUUUCUAUGAACCAGAAAAGCAGGCCACAUUCGCGUCGCAUCAGCUGCUUUCCGGCAAAGAGCUCACUGUUCGUUUGGUUGGUCACAACCCUUUGUGGGGGCACUUUCUAUGGAAUGCAGGGCGCACUAUAUCUGAAUACCUGGAGGAGAAUGCAAAAGAGCUCGUAGAAAACCGGACGGUUCUCGAGCUUGGCGCCGGAGCAGGUCUUCCAAGCCUUGUCUGUGCUCUCAACGGUGCCGCUCAAACGGUCGUUACGGACUAUCCCGAUGCUGAGUUGGUCGAAAACCUGCAAUACAAUGUCGACCAUUGCGAACUACUUUCUAAGCCACCCAAGAUUGUGGCGAGGGGGUACCUCUGGGGUGCGCCUACCGGUGACUUGACGAAAUAUCUGGCUGAUGGUUCGGGCUUUGAUGUCCUCAUUUUGGCCGACCUUCUAUUCAACCACUCGGAACAUGCCAAACUCAUCAAGACUGUCCAGCUGACCCUCAAGAAAUCGCCGAACUCCCGAGCCUACGUCUUCUUUACACCAUACCGCCCGUGGUUGUACGAGAAAGACCUGGCUUUCUUUGAUCUGGCCAAGGAAGCGGGCUUUACCGUUGCUAUGACGUUCGAGAAGGUCAUGGAUAAGGUCAUGUUCGAGGAAGAUCCUGGUGAUGAACUUCUUCGCCGGACUGUCUUCGGCUACGAGCUGACUUGGAACGCAUGA